AGAUAAGAUAUUUCGUUAGAUAAACACUGCAAUGUUAACAAUGAAAGCGAUUGCUGUUUUAACUUUGGCUGUCACUCUUUUUCAAGCAGUGUCAGUGUACGGUCAGGGCUGUCCAAAUGGCUUCAUGAUGCACGGAGAAGCCUGCUAUCUGUUCUCCAUUCUCCGAGUGUCUUGGAUCCAAGCAAUGAAAUUUUGCGAACUUUACGGAGGAGAACUGGCUGUCAUAGAAACUGAGCAGGAACAGCUGUGGGUGGAAUCUUAUCUCAACAGCACCUGGACACAUUACAAUCAGACAGACGGGAUUUGGCUCGGAGGAGCGGAUCUCUUAGUGGAGAACGAGUGGGAGUGGGUGAAGGAAGGAAGACCUUUCACUUACACCCGAUGGGCGCCCGGGGAGCCAAGUCACUAUCAGAGGGUGGGAGCCGACGAAAACUGCCUUGACCUUCUUCCACAUAAACAUUUCAUGUGGAAUGACGAGAGUUGUGCCUGGAAGAUGAACUUUUUAUGUAAAACAAGUUUGGACGGUGAUCCAUUGACUUUAAUAGGAAAAAGGUCGAACUCAGUCUAAGAAUAUCAUAGAGAACGUUCUGAAUCAGA